ACACACACACACACACAAUGUUUAAAUGUGUCAAAACAGGAAAAAAGUUUGGAUUGUUGGUUAUUUUAUUAAACAUGAGGAAAAACAGCAUCAGUUCAGGUCACUUAUCAGGCCCCAGUUAUAAUUUUACACAGGGGGGGGGGGCUGUUUAGUUGUUGCCUGACUUGAUUUAAUGAUAAAUAUGUUUCCAACUGAUGGGAUCUUUUUAUUUCAUUAUGUAAAUUCAGGUGUGUUUCAAGCAGAGCUUUUAAGAAUAUAAACUUAAUUUGUUUAGAUUAUAUUUCUAACUUGAUGUUUAAAUGUUGUAUAUUAAAUUAUUUUGACUUCAUUUGGAUGUAUUUUGUACAAAUCUGGAUUUGUUGGUCGUACUGCUUUUGUUAGACAUAGAAAAUAAUGAAUUUAUACAUUUGGACAGUCUGAGUGUGUAAUGUAUUUAAAAAGUGCCAGAGGUUMUACUUGAUGGACCUGAGGUGCCUGAUGGAUUAGUUUUUUUAAUUUUUUUACUGUAUUAAUAGAUAAUACAGCCUAGUACUGAUAUGUAUACCAUGUACAUGUGGGAAUCAKACAGUACUAUGAAGUGGCCAGUAUGUACCAGCUACUUAUUGUAUAUGUAGUGUAUAUACAGGCACUCUGUGUACAAAUUGCAUGGGUACUUAUCGUGUAUGUAGAUACAUACCAGAUAUUUGCCGAGUACAUCUUGAUACUUGAUGCAUAAAUGCCUAGCGUGUAGUGGGUACUUUGAGUAUAUAUACUAGGUACUUGUCUGAUGUGUAUUUCUAGUACUAUACAGACUGUGUAGCAGUUAACAGUUGAGACCAGGUGCUUCCAUUUUUCCCCCUUUUUUUUUGAGAAAAAAAGCUGUGUUAUAGUUUAUUUUUUCCCUAAAUAUAAAUAAAUUACCUUUCUUUUCACUUUUAAAUGUUGCCAAAUUGUGUCACAUCAAAGCAACAAAUGUUUGAUUAAAUAAACUCAAGUUAUUCUGGAAAUGUCUUGAUUUUUGUCGUUAAGUUCUUGUGCAGGUGAGCAGAACAUGUGAGCUUGUUCAGCUGUUAUCGUCUGGUGUUCAGCUCCACCUCUGACAGAUAACAUUUGGUACGACAGGUGGUAAGUUUUCACACUGUAAAACUGGUUAGCCUGAAGAAGUCAGGAUGGAUUCAGAGAAACAGCAUCUUAUUGAGAUGCACUCUGACUCAGAGGAUAGUGGGGACACUGUGUGCACGUCUGAGCUCUGCCAGGAGAAACACAACAUGUCAAGAGCUGAAACUGAAGCCAGACGUGUGGCCAGGAGGAAGCUCUUAGUGGCCUGUGUGGUCAGCCUCGUCUUCAUGACAGGAGAGGUGAUUGGUGGAUAUGCUGCCCACAGUCUGGCCAUCAUGACGGACGCAGCUCAUCUUCUGACUGACUUCAGCAGCAUCGUCAUCAGCAUUUUCUCUCUGCUCGUCUCAUCCAGGCCGCAGACAGAAACCAUGACUUUUGGAUGGCUCAGAGCAGAGGUUCUGGCUAUGUUUGUCUCUGUGACGUCGAUCUGGGCUGUGACUGUGGUCUUGAUCUUCUCUGCCACUCAGAGGAUUCUUGAAGGAGGUUAUGACAUCGACAGUCAGCUCAUGCUCAUCACUUCAGGUUGUGCUGUAGGAGUCAACAUCAUCAUGGUUCUGAUUCUGCAUCAGUCUGGUGCCUCGCACGGCCCCAGGACCCCCACUAACCCACUGCAGGAGGACCACAGCAGUGGCAGUGUGAAGGCAGCCUUCAUCCACGUGUUGGGGGACCUGCUGCAGAGCAUCGGGGUCCUCUUGGCCGCCACAAUCAUCCACUUCUGGCCUGAAUACAAACUGGCCGAUCCGAUUUGCACAUUUCUGUUCUCGGUUGUUGUCAUUGGAACAACACUUCCCAUCACCAAGGAUGUGUUCAGGGUCCUGAUGGAAGGUAAGCUGUACCUACAGGUGUUCCUCAAACCCUGACUCUGUAUGUUCAUCAGAAGUUUGGAAAUCUGUUCUCAUCGUCAGUCAGUGGUGGGCACCAGCCCGAUAAAACACAAGUCCGCUAAUUGCGGACCUAAAUAUUUUG